GGGCUGGUCCCUCUUCAGAUAAAUCCGCCUGUCUGGUCUGGUUCAUGCGGAGUGCGUGUGAGCGUGUGCACGAUCGGCUCCCAGGCUCCGUGGGAAAAGUGUCUGAAGCCGAGGACAAGCUCAGAGAGGCGGGGAAAGAGGGCAGCUGUUCUGGGGCAGCGGACCGGUGAUCAGGCCACACCGCAACCGAGCCACAGGCUGCUUUCACCGGCCAAUUUUCUAGUUCUACGCCGCUGAUAGAACUACGUUUUCUCAAGAUAGGGGAUACAAUUUUAAUUUGUGUGUCUGAUUUCGGAUUUUUGAAAUUCAUUUGGCUAUCCUUUUUCAUUUAAUAUUUGUUUACACUUUUGGGUAGCUUAAACUAAAUUUGGCUAAAAUCUAAUCUUCAUUUUUGUAAGAUUGGUUAAAUGUAUUAGGAAUGUAUGGUAAUAUCAUUAGAUAUGAAAGGGAAUAUGUAGGUUUAUUUUGAUUUUUUGUUUUACCUGGAAAAUUACCACCACCACCACACCUCCAGCCGUUUCCCGGGUAGAGGCCAGGAGCGUCCCCGCCAACCGCGCAUCAUGAAGCGGCCUUCUGAAGACAGCAGCUCCGGUGACACUGACUCGGAGGAAACCAUCGAUGUGGGCUGUGAAAAUAUGUAUUCAGGACAUAUAAAGGCAUCCUUCAUAAGAUACGCCUCCCCAACCACAACAACUCAAGUCAUAGCCCGGAAGAAGCGCAGAGGGAUCAUUGAGAAGAGGCGCAGAGACCGGAUCAACAACAGUCUGUCAGAGCUAAGGAGACUGGUGCCCUCUGCGUUUGAGAAACAGGGCUCUGCUAAACUGGAAAAAGCUGAGAUCCUUCAGAUGACUGUGGACCAUCUGAAGAUGCUUCAGGCCACAGGAGGAAAAGGCUACUUUGAUGCCCAGGCCCUGGCUCAGGACUUCCUGUCUCUGGGCUUCCGGGAGUGUGUGUCAGAGGUGUCCCGGUACCUGAGCUCUGUGGAGGGACUGGAUUGUAUGGACCCUCUGCGCUCCAGGCUGCUGUCCCACCUGACCUCCUGCGCCUGCCGCCUGCACCUGCCGCCCCAACAUCACUACCCCCCUUCACACGCCUACCUGCACCCCCACUGGCCCCCCACCACAACGCUCAGACCUGCGCUCUAUGGACUCAACACUCUCCCAGUACCGGUGGAGGGGGCGUGUGUGCCACUUUUCACACCCCAUUGCCUCACCUCCGUGCAGGCUAACAUCAGUCCGCCUGCCCCCUCCCCUGUGUCGUCCGCUGGUCUUCAGACGCCCCACAGCAGCAGUAAACCAUACCGACCCUGGGGGACUGAAGUGGGGGCUCUCUGA